AUGGCAGGUGCAAGCUACAAGCAGCUGGUCCGGGAAGGGGUGACCGCUGGGCAGUGCGUUCAUGCGUCACAACGUGAGCGGCCAUUGGUACGAGGAGGGAGGGAGUGCGGUUUUGUUGCGGGGAUUGUGCCAGCCAUAUGCUGCGCUGCAGUGCUAAUCGAGAGUGCCAGCAGUGUGUUUCAGGUUGAUAACAUAUCGUAUCAGACGGCACCGCAGGAUCUGCGUCGCCUGUUCGAUAAGUAUGGCGAGAUAGGCGAUAUUCACAUUCCGCGCGAUCGCUACACCAAGCAGAGCAAGGGGUUCGGCUUUGUGCGCUACUACAACCGGCGCGAUGCGGAGUACGCGAUGGAUCGCAUGGAUGGGCGCUGGGUGGACGGCCGAGAGAUCCGUGUGGCAAUGGCCCGCUACGAGCGCCCAAUCGACGAGCGCGAGCGUAACCGCAACAGGGCCACGCGACGGUUGGUGCUCCUUUUGGCGAUCGCCUCGUGUGGCUUUUCUCACUCUCUCACAUUGAUCGCAUCAUGA